AUGGACAGUUGCGGAGAAUAUCAAACCACCUACUGGCUGGACAUCGAGUACCUGUAUUGUGUCACCUGCUUUGAAGGAGCGCAACAUGGGGCGAGCUUCAGGCGGUCUUGCGGAACUUUAUAUUUUAAACAGUCUUUUGAAAUUGAAGUCUUAUUAGAAAUGCUUCAACCAGUAAUUGAUGAUAUAUAUUGUAACUAUAAAGAUUCACCAAUAUUAAUAGGAGGUGAUUUUAAUGCAAGGAUUGGAACACUUUCGGAUUUUGAUCAAAUUGCGAUUUUUAAUUCGGGGUUGUUCAGUAAGAGACGUACCUGUGAUAUUUUUGUUAAUAAAAGAGGCUUAGAAUUGAAUGAUUUUAUGAGUUUAAACGGAUUUAUAGUUUUGAAUGGUCGCUCAAGGAGUGAUGCUGAGGGUGUAUAUACGUUUGUCGGAGGGAAUGGAUCCAGCGUCAUAGAUCUUGCUUGGAUUGAUGUAGCUCAUGCGGAAGUGGUUUAUGACUUUAUAGUACAUUCAUCAGUAAUUGAUUCAGACCAUUUCCCUAUUGAAGUUAUUUUUAAACCUAUAAAUCAAUUAAAGUCGCGAGAUAGAAGUGCUGGGCCCAUUCCUGAAGAUAGAUGUAUUAAUCGCUUAUGUUGGGAUUCAAAUAAAAUAAAUGAUUAUGUUAAUAUUUUGAAUGGUCCUGAAUUUGCUCCCCCUGACUCUGAUCUGUCUUCUGACGAGCAGAACCGGAUUCUGAUUGAUAGCAUCACGAAAGUGGCGAAUCUUUCGGGUAUGAUAAAAAGAACUAAUUUGAAUUUUAAAUCUAGAUACAAGAAACCAUGGUUCGACAAGCAAUUAAUUAAACUACAAAAAGAAACAAAACAAAAAGCUAAGGAAUGGAAAAAAUCAGGGUUUAGUGCUGAUGGUAGGCUCUCUUUAUGCGCAUCGAAGGCAAAAUAUAAAAAUUUGUUAACUAAAAAACGAGUAGGUUACGAGCAAAGUAUUCAAGAAAGAUUUGCAAGUGUAAGAGAUGCAAGAUCCUUCUGGUCUCCGGUAGAGAUUUGUCGGAGAAAGGGGGGAUUUGAAUUUAGAGAGAAUCCAAUAACAAUUGAAGAAUGGGAGGGCUUCUAUGCGUGUAUAUAUCCAGAAAGAGUGAACACAGAUGUGAGAUAUUUUAGUAAAACAGUCCCUGAGUUGGAUGGAGAAAUCUUGAUACAGGAAGUAAUAGCAGCGUUAAAUAAAAGUAAACCAGGGCGAGCUCCUGAGGCUUGGUCUCAAUCGAUUAUUACUCUAAUACAUAAAAAAGGUUUAAGAAAUGAUCCUCUUAAUUAUAGAGGAAUUGCAUUGUGCAAUUACAUCUUAAAAAUUUUUACUUUGAUACUCGCUAAAAGACUUUCCGAAUGGUCUGAAAAAAACUCGCUUCUCCCGGAAACACAAAAUGGUUUUCGGUCUGGAAGAAGCUGUGUUGAUAAUGUUUUCACAUUGCAGUCUGCCCUGCAUCUUCGACUGAGAAUGAGUAAGACGUCAGCAAUUGCUAAUGAGUUUUCAAACCCAGUCGAGGUAACAGAAGGCGUAUUGCAAGGUGAAACGCUUAGUCCCAUUUUGUUUAUAUUAUUUAUCGCAGAUUUUGAAAGAAAACUCAGGGACGCUGGAAAUGAGGGUCUGAAUAUAAAUGGUUGUGUGGACUUGCUUGUUUCACUUUUUGCUGAUGAUGCGGUUGUUUUAGCGAAUACCUCAGUGAGGAUGUCUCCGCAUUGGGCAAAAAGGCAACUGAGUAUGCAAUCUCAAAAUCUAACCAGGCUUUUGGGACGAUAA